AUGCCACAGAAGAGACAAAAGGAACCGAAUAGAUUUAUACCAAAUGGUUUUAACUUUCAGAUUCCAAAUAAUCAACAACCACCACCACAGCAUCAACGGAGAAGAACAUUCACCCCUGAAGAAAGAAAUUUCAAUAAUUUGAUGCGUCAACAAAAUCAAGGUUUGAGAUUUUAUCCGGGCAGUAAUGGUAUACAUAUAAGGCAUCCAAAUUUAGAUAGAAGUUAUACCGCUGAGAUUCAUAUUUUACCUAAUAAUACGAUUAAUUUUGCUGGAUUUUAUGAUCAUCAUCAGGAAAUCUGGACUCCACCAUUUGAUACCGUUUUAGAAGGAGGAACCGUUAAUGAUGCGAUUCAAUAUGUAAAUAAUGGUUUUGAUACUAUGAUUCAAAGAGGUGGGCACCCUUAA